AUGCUUCUCAGUACUCUCGUCAGUGCCUUCGCGGUGCUUGUCGUUUGGGGUUUGGGUAAAGCCUACUGGACCAUGGUGAUUGUAUCGCUUUUGUUCGGUGCAUUUGCAUUCAGCUUCAUGGUUUUGCGAAGCCAUAUGGCCGCUAUAGUCGUGAACGACCCCAACCGUCCAGCUGAAGAACUUCUCGUCUCUGGAGUGCUGUUAUUCACCAGAGGUGUUGUGGGUGUCGUUUCAGGCUAUAUCGCUUCAGCAGUCCUCCAGAGCUCUGAGUCUACCGAAAUAGACUACAGCUACGGUGCUGGAAAGUGGCGCACUCUCAUCAUUCUGCUGGGCACAACGAUGACUGCAGCGACUGUGGGAGCUAUUGGCCUUCGAAGGAGAAAAUUGAGCGUUUGA